CCGAGCAAAGCUGUCAUCUACCUCCCAUCUUCUCUAGCCGACAACUGGGUUUUUUUCGACCGUGUACGGCAGGCCUCCGAGUAGGUCUGACGCACAGGAUACUACCUCUGUGCUUUUCAGGCGGAAUAUCAGCUUUUAUCGACAUUCCCUCCGCGUUUACAAGAAGACGCAAGAUGAAGUUGGACAAGGGUUGGAUGUGGUGCACGCUGCUCCUCUUCUCCUCGGCUGUGGCGGCUGUAGUGGCCCAGCAGCAGCAGUCGGAGGUUGGUGUCUCAGACAGCGAUGAAGAUAUGGGGUUGGAUGAGGAGGAAUUAAAGGUUCUGAUGGCAGAAGAGGAGCAGGAGGAAGAGGAGGAGGCGACAGUGAUGGACGAUGACCACGUCGAUGAGACUGACGCCACAGAAAAUGGGAAGGCUGGCAAAGCUGGAACGGAUGCAAAUGUCUCCUUUCAGGUAACAUACAAGACUCCCGUUCCCACUGGAGACGUUUACUUAGCAGAGACGUUUGAUGAUGGAUCAUUGGACAGUUGGCAGCUGUCACAGACAGUGAAGGGAGAUGCAGAUGAUGACAUCGCCAAAUAUGAUGGGAAGUGGGCUGUGGAGCAGCUAAAGGAGAACAAAGUUCCAGGAGACAAGGGUCUGGUGCUAAAGUCCCGAGCCAAACACCACGCUAUCUCUGCAAUGCUCAACAAACCCUUUGUCUUCCAGGAUGAGCCUCUGGUUGUGCAGUAUGAGGUGAAUUUCCAGGAUGGUAUCGACUGUGGUGGAGCCUACAUCAAACUGCUGUCAGACACUAGCAAUCUCAAUCUGGAGCAAUUCCACGACCGUACACCUUACACCAUCAUGUUCGGUCCAGACAAGUGCGGCGAGGAUUACAAGCUGCACUUCAUCUUCCGCCACCAGAACCCUCUGAACAAAGACAUGGAAGAGAAGCACGCCAAGAGGGCUGAUGUCGACCUCAAGAAGUUCUACACUGACAAGAAGACUCACCUUUACACUCUGGUCCUCCACCCAGACAACAGCUACGAGAUGUUCAUCGACCAGUCCAGCGUGAGCCGUGGCAGCCUGCUGCAUGACGUGGUGCCUCCGGUCAACCCACCCAAAGAGAUAGAUGACCCCAGUGACUCCAAGCCGGAGGACUGGGACGAGAGGGCCAAGAUUCCUGAUCCUGAAGCCGUCAAGCCCGAUGACUGGGAUGAGGAUGCUCCAGCAAAGAUUGAUGACCUUGAUGCUUUAAAGCCAGAGGGCUGGCUGGACGACGAACCAGAGUUUGUCCCGGACCCAAACGCUGAGAAACCAGAGGACUGGGAGGAGGAGAUGGAUGGAGAGUGGGAGGCCCCGCAGAUUCCUAACCCGGCCUGUGAGACGGCCCCCGGCUGCGGGGAGUGGAAGCGUCCCAAGAUCAACAACCCUCAGUACAAGGGCAAGUGGAAAGCCCCUCUGGUGGACAAUCCCAACUAUCAGGGAGUCUGGAAGCCGCGCAAGAUCGAUAACCCGGAAUAUUUUGAGGACCUGCAGCCGUUCAGGAUGACACCUUUCAAGGCUGUGGGCCUGGAGCUGUGGUCCAUGACCUCAGAAAUCUACUUUGACAACUUCAUUAUCACCUCUCACAAGGAGGUGGCCGACCGCUGGGCCUCUGACAGCUGGGGGCUGAAGAAACUGGUCGCCAGCGCUAACGAGCCGGGGAUCUUUGCUCAGCUGAUGAUGGCAGCAGAGGAGCGGCCGUGGCUCUGGGUGAUCUACAUCCUGACAGUCGGCCUGCCUAUAGGACUGACUGUACUCUUCUGCUGGCCAAAGAAAUCAGAUGACGACUACGUGUACAAGAAGGUGGACCCUCCCCGGGCUGAUGUAGAAGAAGAGGAGGAGGAGGAGGAUGAGGAAGAAGAGGAGGCAGCAGCAGAUGAGGAGGACAAAGCAGCUGAAGCUACAGAGGGAGCACCAGCUGCAGCAUCAGAAGAGGCUGAGGAGGAGGAGGAGGAGGAGGAGGAGGAGGAUGAAGCUGAUGCUGGAGGCGACAAUCUAGAGGGGGAUGAUGAUGAAGAAGAAGAGGAGGAGGAGGGAGAAGAGGAGAGCAAAGCUCCUGAGAGAACAUUAGAGGAUGAGCCAAAGGAGGGAGGAGACGCUGAAGAGAGCCACAAACAAGCAGUGAGAAAGAGGAGGGUACGGAAAGACUGAGAAGAUGAUCCCACCGCCUACUGUCUCCUUUCUCCCCCAGUGCGGAGGAGGUGGAAGGGCCGUGUCUGCCGCUGCUCCUCCCUUCUCUGAGCGGAGCAGCAUGUAUUUCCUCCAAACCACCUGGUAGCCUGCAGUCACCCCGGCUGCCCCACCCACCCAGGCCACACCCAUCACAGGUCCGCAGUCUCUCUCUCACACACACACACACACACACACACACACACACACACACACACACCACAUCCUGCAUCACCCCCUCUCGGCUCAGAUGAAUCCCUGGAGAUUCUGUGCAUUUAGAUGUUUUCCCUCCUCCGCCCAGAGCUUCCACUUUUCCCUCCUUUUCGUCUUCUCUAAGCUGUCAAAAUGCCUGUCAGCCUAAAGCGGCCCGCCUCUUCCAUGACUGUCCCUGCUGUCCCCGUCAGUCUUCUCUCUGAAUAUACGCCAUCAUAGAUUUACCCGUGUGUCUCCUGUCAGUGCAGACAGCAGAGAGCGUCGGCGCCGCUGUCCUCUCCGCUCCCUCAUCACAUUUUACAGCAUAUCAUCACAGGGGGCGACAUCCUUUAUUCUCCUGUCCUUUGUUUUGAAGAACAUGUCUGAGGACACCGUUUGACAAAGUUCCUUCCCUGUCUGAAGUUGUUGGGGUUCCAAGAACAGGCCAGGAGCUGCUCGGAGAGGCUGCGAUGUUUCUGUAUUUCAGCUGACGAGUCGCCUCAGCUUAGGUUUCAAAGUUUACCUCUUUAAAAAUGGAUGUUCUGUUUAGAUUUUAGCUAGUUUGUAAGGAGCAUCAGUUACUUCUACGUGUUUUUUACUAAGUUAUAGCAAUCUAAGAGUCCAGGGUUAGCACACAUGACCCUAUUUAUUGGCUUAGUUUUAUGCUGGAAUGAAUAAAGAUUUAAUAAUGCAGUGUUUUGAGUGAUUUGAGGCACAUUGCUUAAGCUAUGCCCCUGGUGUGCUCACUCUGAGCCUGGGUCUGUGUGAACCGCCUGAUCAAAACACUGACUGCCUCGGCCAUCAGUUGUCACAGUGACAGAGUGGAUAUGUGCGGCAAACAGCUGGGUAUUUAACCUGCGACAGCGUCUCAUUCAGUCACUACACAGCAGUGUUUUACCACAAGAUCUAGACCAGCUGGAGGUCACAUACGUGAUUGUCGCCUGGGGAAACCAGUGAUGCUAAUUUAUUUGUUUUAUAUUGUCUCAAGCUUUUGUAGUUCAUGUUCAUGCCAGAUUCUGGCAGAAUCUCCCUGUUUACAUUUGUUUGCAAAUUGUACAUUGCUCUUGAAAAU